AUGAGCCAAACUCCGUCACCCAAACUCCUCCCUGUUGUGCUACCAUCUCGCGGCAGUUCCCCAGAAUGCCCAUGGCUUGACAAUAAGGGAGAGUUUCUGGUUCAUAAAAUCCUAACUGUCCUUGAUUGUAUGGAGCCAACGGAAGAGAUUCCGGAUGAUUGCUUUCUAACCCUGCCUCCUAUUGACUUUACCCACAACAUGUCUCUGGGAGCUGCAGCCGCCAUAGUGGAUAAAGUUGCCAGGAAAACUAUCAGAUUGUACAGCAAAAAGUGUCACCAACUGGGACACACACAGAAGGAUUGUUCCGAGCUGCUUCAUCUUCUGCAUCAGCUAAGACAAUGGGUGGCUCCGUGCCUGACAGACACAGAGGAAUAUAAGGAGGUCACGGAACCAAUACUUGAACAACUCAGACAACAAAGACAGACGGCACCAAAUCCGGGUAACACUGCCUGUGCCCGGCAUAGCAUUUGGGCGGCUACCACUCAUUAUUACCGGCAAGUUGCCCGUCUCACAUCCCUGAUGGUCAAACAGCAUCUCAUGAACUGA